AUGUUAAAAAUCUACAAAAAGUAUACCAGUGGCCGAGUUCCCGAAUUAGUCAAUCUGGACAACAUAGUUGACGUGGCGACGAGGACUCCAAGUACCACAGCAGAUGCAUCACCUAUGAAAUCUGACACUUCUCGGUUGCCUGGUCAAGUUAGUGGUUCUGUCCCUGCACCAGAUCCAAGAAGUAUUGCAGUGCCGGGGGCCAAUACAAAACAAGAACCUCCUGUUGCUCCACAAGAAGAAACGUCAAAACAGAGCUCGGCACGUUCAUCCCAACAAGUUCAGCAACAACCAACGCAGCAAAAUGUGGCCUCAUCAUCAACUGCUGUUGUUCGUGCUCCAAGUCCGCAACCGGAGAAUGGAAAUCAAUUGCAAGCUCCAGUGCAUGAUAUAAGGAAGGGGCCACAACCACUUGAUACAAGACAAGGGCCACAACCCAGUCAAAUGUCUUCUGCGACUUCUAAACAACCACCACCAUUGAGCAGCAAGAAAUCAUUAUCCUCAUUACAGGGCCCUUUGCUAGCUCCCAAAGGUGAUUCAGUGGCUCACAAAGGGCCAACUACCAAUCCACCUGCUCAGUUACAGAAAAAACCGUCAAUGCCUUUGCUUAAUAGUGGAAUUUCGCCUGGUGCGUACGCUGCAGCAGGGGCUGCAGCAACAGCUGCUGCUAUGGGCAAUGUAGCCAACAAAAUGACACCGGGCGGCCCCCCACGGCGACCAUCUCAGCAAAGUUCAAGCAGUAGUGGUUCAAUUCCGCAAAUUAGAAAGGUUUCUAGUAGUGGUCCAUCAUCUAAUGUAAAGGCAGUCCAGGCUCGUUUACAGAAUCAGAUGGCUGGUGCAAGUACGUCUGCGAAUGGUGCCCAAAGUGUCCAUUCUGGUGGUUCUUCGUCCCCUAGCAGCUCGCAAACGUCUUUGCCACAAAAUCGACCAUCUUCGGCAGUAAGGCAGGGUUCUGUUAGUGCUGCGUCGCAACCGUCGCAACAGUCGCAACCGCCACUCCCUACCGCAAGACAACAAUUAAAGCCGUCGCAGCAGUCUGUUUCAUCACCAGAUCUUACCCACCCUGUCCCAGAGUCUCUUGUGAGACCAUUAGAUUCGGAGACUUCAUCGCAGGUUCCAGCUGCCCGUACUGACUUGGCACAACCAAGUCCAAGAUCGGUGGAUUAUUCAACAGGUAAUGCCAAAAUCACCACUCAAACUUCAAAGGCUGCUGAUAUGCAUAACAAGUCUAAAGAAGAAUCUAUGCACACUACCGAAAGUGAUGUUCGCGUGGGGGAUACUCUCGCUGGUGCUGUAAUCAACAGGCAAACCCCUUCUCCAGUGGCUAUUGUAACUACUGUGGACCAAGAACAGACUCCAUUGGCCGUUACCAAAUCGGCUCCCACGCAAGCGGUUGAGAUGGGAAGUGAUGAUGAGUCUAAGAUACCGGGACCAUCGACAUCCACUCCUGAGUUAGGUGUAUCAAAGGGUCAUGCUCGUAAUCGGUCAUCUGUUCAGGGGAUUAAAAUUUUCGCAAGGUCUCCUUCGCCAAAUAUUCAACCCGAAGAUGAUGGUACCGUUCCAACUGAUGAAGAUUUGUCAUUGCGAGAACAGAAUGACGUGGUUAACAAAGACCUGACAGAACAGGGUCAUACACAUACCUUUACGAGAGGACACAAGGCUCGUCAACCGUCAAGUGCUUCUAACCUCUCGCGAGCAUCAAAAACAAGACGGCUCUCUAUGAUCUCUAACGCAUCUGCUGUGGAAGAGACUUUGGAAGAUUUCAAUUGGAAUGGAAGAGAAGACGUGGAGACACUGGAGAGGAAUAUUACUAGAGAGCUGGCUCAUAUAGAAGCCUCUAAUUUGCACAAUGUAGUUGAUCUUGAUGAGAGAUUGGAUGAGUUGGAACGCUCUUUGGAUUUGGCUGUCAACGAGUGCGAUAAAAUUGGUACAACUCUUGGCGUUUUUUCUGUUCAACUAGGUAGUUUUGGUGAUGAUAUCGCUCAUAUCGAAGGACAAGGCCAGGGUCUCCAGGUUCAAACUACCAACCAGAAAACACUGUGGAACGACCUUAAUGGGUUAUUGCAAACCGUUUCUCUUCCAGAGGAGCGACUUCAAGUUUUGAGAGAAUGUGGAUAUGAUUCACCGAGAGAGUUAGCAUUGUUAGAGGCUACCGCUGUUGAUUUGUAUCGAGCCGUCCAGACUGUGAGAGCAGAAAAUGGAACACAAUCAGGCUACCUUGGAAAUCUCAGAGCCCUUAGAGAGAAGAAACAUGUUUAUGACAAAGCUGCUAGCGAAUUUAUUUUAAGAACGAGGACUUACCUCGAUAGAAAAUUCAAGUUGGCUGUUCAAGCUAGCGAACGGGAGAUUUCGAACGUUCAACAAUCUAUUGAUGACCCUAGACUAGUACGAAUAGAUCCUUUGACAUUGGCUCAACUGUACCCUUUGAGCGGGGUUAUACUGUUUGUCAAGGACUUGGACCAUGUAAAUUAUUCGUCAAUUGUGAAGGGUUAUGACAGAGUAUUACGCGAAUAUUAUGAAGUUAGUAUAUCGAGCUUCCUGGCCAAAUGGAAACGCCAACUCUCAGCUUUGAUUAGUAAGUACGAGCAAUUCUCGUAUACUGGUAAUAAGGAGAACAAUGCGGUUUCCGAGGGUCUAGUGUCCAAAUCGCUGAAGAGAUCUGGUACCAUAGCGAGGUUUAAGUCCAGUGCCAGUUCUACAUCCCUUUCUACAGAUGCCAGUGGAGCUAAAGGAGCCGCUAGUCAGGUUAGUUUGGAGGACAGCAAAGGUAUUGUCGACUUGGCAGACCGAAAGCUAGUUCAGAAAGCUCUGCGAAAAAUAUUUGACAGUUUAACUUCUCUGGUAAUUGGAGAACAAGAAGCUUUCACGUUGCUCUUCCAUGAGUCUUCUUUCGAUAGCUUGAACUUCCCAUCGUUUGCAAUCUCCAAUCCUGUUGCCAACCGUAGUAAACCACCUCAUUAUUAUGAAAAGCUACGUACUAGAGAUAUUGACCCUGAUUAUUCGAAGGCCCAAGAGCUAGCUUCCAAUGUCGGUACUAUUUUUGAUUGUCUUUUUGACCAGACCGCUAAAUUUCUUGAUGACUACUUGGCGCAUUUUAGUCUUGGAUCACCAUUUUUGUUAGCCGUAAUCGACUAUUAUGUUAUGAAAUUGGAUUCAACUAACCAAGACUUCCUUAGUCAAGUACUAGUAAAAUUAAAAGACCGCAUUACUAGUAAAUGGCAGGCAUUUAUUAACCAACAAAUUGGAAUAAUAAACAGUACCAUUGUGUCGAGUAAAAAACGGAAGGGCGUUGUUCCAUUUGUGCGCAAGUUCCCCUUGUUUGCCAACUCCAUUGAAGAAGACUUGAAGAAUGUAUCCAGCACAGAUUCUGUUCAAAAUCUGCCUGUUCGGAAGGUUAUUGACUCAAGCUAUGAUAAGGUUUCGAAGGCAAUAUUUCACAAUUUGGAACGACUUGCCAAAGACACUGGUACGAGUCAAACUAAUGGCACUUCACCAAACAUUACUAGCGCAAAUAAUAGUUCGUCCAAUCUUACAACUGCUAAUGACUUUGAGGAUAAGGAACUCCUGAACUAUCAUGUUAUGAUGAUCGAAAAUAUGAACAUACUGAUGGAGUCCCUUAGCUCAAUGGAUAAUGCCAGUCUCGAGUCAGUUGCCUACACUGCAAGAACGACUUAUCGCAAAGAACUCGAUCUAUAUAUUCAAACGGUGCUGCAUCGUCCAGUUGGAAAACUCCUCGACUUCAUUGAUGGUUUCAAUGCCAUUGUGGAUAAAAAUCCGAACGAAAAUCCAACUCAUCGCCAUGGGUACUCCAAGUCGUCAUUUCGUAAGCUUAUCAGCAGCUACGACAGCAAAGAAGUCCGUAAAGGAAUCGAAACACUUCGUAAGAGAGUUGAAAAGCAUUUUGCUGGAGAUGAUGAAGAUCCUACUUUCAGUAAUAACCCUGGAAAUCGUAAACUUUUGGAUAAAGUGUGGUCGGCGACUCAAGCUUCCUAUUCGGUGCUCUAUGGUGACCUUGUGAAAAUUGAAUCAAAAUAUUACCUCGAUUCCCCCGGUGAAGCUAGCCAAAUUGAGUUCUCAAAGAAUGACAUUGUUACGAGCUUUUCCAAAAUCUAG